AGAGAACUCGCUGCCAACAACAGACAUCAACACCCAAAGCACCCAGGCCAAACAGACAAGGCCUGAGCGAGCUGAAUAGUUUCCUUGUGAGAGAAUAGUUUCUGAAGCAAACAGGUUGAACCGACUAGAGUUGCAGUGGGAAAGAAAAAAAAAAAAUCUACAACGUGGAACGAACCGACUCUCACGGAUGAACGCAACCGACUCGCUCGGGCUCAAGCCUGAAGGCAAAACACGUUCGGAUUGAAUUGGUCCAUGCAAAGCAUUGCAAAAAAUCCGUCAUCCUUCCCCAAUCGCGCCGCGUCCUAUUUGCUUACCGAAUCGCGAAUACUUCUUGCGAACCAACAGAGGAAGCUGUUCGAUCCUCGCGCGAUUCUCUUCCUCCCAAUCGCAAAGAGUGGGGAGCGAGCGGCGGCAGGCGGCGCCAUGGACUGCGGCGGCGAGCGCGCGGGCCGGGCCCGCCACGACGCCAUCAACGGGGUCUCCGCUGAGGGCGACUCAUACUACUACGACUCCGACGACGAUGGUUCCCGCCGCCGCAAGCGCCGCAGGGAAGCGCCCGAGCCCGACCUCUCCAAGCCCGUCCGGUUCGUCUCCACCGGCUACGCCAUGCCCUCCCACGAACCAGAUCCCGUCCCUGUGAACGCCGCGGCCAAGGAGGACGAGGCAGGGGCAGAGGCGGAGGACAUUGAGCCGCUCCCCACGAUGUUCGGGAAGAUCAGGGAGGGCGCCCGCGCGAGGUGGGAGGAGAAGGAACGGGAGCGCGACGCCGCGGCGCGCCGGCGCCAGGCGCCGGGGAAUCCGCCGCCGGCUCCGGGGAGCAUGCAGUCCAACGCCACUGUGGCCAAUAUGAUGCGCAAGGGAGGGUACUGUCCCGGCAUGGGCCUCAGCAAGUACGGCCAGGGGAGAACAGAGCCGCUGGAGGCCACCGUGCGACUCAAGAACGCCGGCCUCGGCUACGUCGAGGGAUCCAAGAAACCCAUGCUCGCGCCGUCCAAGGAGAACCUGCCGCCCGCGACUUGUCAGCCGGCGUCAACGAAGGAGCGGCAGCAUCGGUGGUUGAAGAAGGACAGCGUCAGGAAAACUCCGGUCCUGACAAGAAUCGCGUUGUUGGCAAUGCGCGAACGCGAUGGGGAGGAGCAGCAGGGGGGUCAGCCAGCUGUUGUUCAGAAGGUGAUCGACAGGCGAGGGCCACAGGAGCGUGUCCUGAAGGAUCUGAGAGGGCUCAACGACGAGCAGGAGAUGGAGUCGGACGACGCGCCGAUGCCGGAGCUGCAGUACAACGUGCGGCUGCUUGUUGACGACGCGAGGAUCUGCGUUCAGAGACUGCACGGCCAGCUGCGGCGGGAGCGGGAGAAGGCGGCCAGCUUGGCGCGGGAGAAGGAGAAGCUGUCGAAGCAGGAAGCGGCGCAGAAACGGCAGCUGCAGGUCAUGGAGACGAUCGCAGGGGCGCUGGAGGAGGUCCGGCUGGACGAUGCAGCCGGCGCUCUCACUCUCGAAGGAUUGUUCAUGGCGAUUCGGGACUUGAAGGCGCGCUUCGGGGAGGAGUUCAAGAUGUGCUGCGUCGCGUGGAUCGCCUGCCAAUUCGCGCAUCCGCUGCUCAUCCGGUUCUUCCAGGGCUGGCAGCCGCUCCGGGACCCGUCGGUUGGGUUGGAGGUCAUGUCAUCGUGGAAGGAUUUGCUGGAGGAAGACUAACCAUACGACUCUCGCACGGUGCUGCAUCCAUGGCGAAAUGUGUUUGAUUCUGGAAUUUGGGAAGACCUGAUUGCGCGCUGUAUCGUUCCCAAACUGAAGAUGGCACUGCAGGAGUUUCAGAUCAAGCCAGCAGACCAGAAGCUCGAUCAGUUCAAUUGGGUGAUGCUUUGGGCCUCAACUAUCCCGGUGCAGCACAUGGUUCAUGUGCUGGAAGUUGAUUUCUUCAGCAAGUGGCAUCAGGUCAUAUACCAUUGGCUGUGUUCACCAAAUCCCGAUUUCAACGAGAUCGUUAGUUGGUACAAUGACUGGAAGGGCCGUUUCCCACCGGAGUUGCUUGCCAACGAGCGCAUACGGUUGCUUUUGGCACUAGGCCUGGACAUGAUGAACCAAGCCGCCGAAGGACUGGAGGUUGUGCAGCCUGGGACUAGAGAGAAUCUGGGCUGCUUGAGAGAUACAGAGAAGCGACCACCCGAUGCAGCACCGAACGAAUCACGGUUCCCUUCUUGCCAUGGGGUGAUAGGACCAGCCAUGACAGACAUGAGCUUCAAGGAGUGUAUCCAGGCAUACGCGAUGGAGAAGGGUUUGUUGUUUAUGCCUAAAGUUGGCAAGUCCUACAAUGGCAUGCCAGUGUAUGAAUUUGGCACUGUAAGUAUUUGCUUAGAUUCCGUGAAGCGAGUGGUCUAUGCACAACUAGGAGAAGGAGCUGAGAGAUGGAGCCUUGUAUCUCUUAGGCAAGUUAUGGAAAUGAAUUGAAUAGGGAUAACUCAUCAUCUUUUCGUGGCAUUUACUGAUUUCCACUAUUUUUCUUCCAUGAUAAAACCCUUUUCACUUUGGAUAAGCAAUGGAUACAACGACAGGCAUCCAUCAUGAGUAUUAAUAGUGUUACUAGAAAAUUCAGAUGAUAUGGGGUUAUUUCACAGUGUUUAUAUUGGUGGCAUAACUUUUCCCUCUUGAAAUGUUGAUGGUUACGGAUAGCCCCCCACGCCUUUGGAAUUCACUGAAUUCUGCCAGAUUUUGUUAUCAUAUUCUCCUGAUGAGCAUACACUGAAAUCAGUUCCAAAUUCAUUUGUCACUCCUGUACAUACAUCUAUCACCACCAGAGGUACUAACAGCUGCCAGCUGCCAUAACCUCCGCUGAAAAAGUUUAAGCAUCGUCGAAUAUGUUUUUUUUUUAAACAAAGCAUCGUCGCAUGUCACGUCUUCUUGGCAGACUCGUAUUUCGUCUUGCCUUCUUCAGGAUGCUACGCAAACCGAAAGUGCUCCAUGGAUGAAACCAGAGUGGAAGAGAACAAGGAGUUUGCCAGUGAUGGAUGGACCACUGGACGGGGCAAAGGGAAUUUCCGGUGGAGCGUUGAAAUGCAUUGAGAAUUUAAGAUCAGAAAGAACAUCAACAGUAAGAGCACCUAUGCUGGUUUAAGGGUUUUCAUGGUUAUUCAGAUCCAGAUUCUAUAUUUGCAAUAUGCUCGAAAUAUGCACAGUGAAGACAACACCUGAAUUACUUAUGCUAU